AUGUGUGACCAUCGUGGGCACUGUGAGCAUGCGCAUUCUUACGAAAAUUUAACCGAAUCAUACAGCCUUUACAAAUUUAUUGAUACACCAAACUUAGUUUGCCUUAACGAGAGCGUACCUGAUUCUGGAAAACAGAUUUUUAAGCCUUUUGAGGAAAGAAAAGAUGCAACAACUUUUGUUGAAAGUGAUGAUGACGAAGAGCUCCUUUUUAACAUACCCUUUACUGGGUCUGUGAAACUGAAGGGCAUAAUUAUAGCUGGCGAGAAUGGGGAAGCCCAUCCUGCCACCGUUUCAAUUUAUAAGAAUAGGCCGUUUAUGACCUUUGCAGACACUGAAGCUGAAUCUGAUCAGUGUUUGGAAUUACAUCCUGAUCCUCUCGGUGAAAUCACGUAUCCCUUAAAAUCUGCGAAAUUCGGAAGUGUCCAUCAUCUGAGUCUCUAUAUUAGCAAAAAUUUCGGUGCAUAUCACACUCGCAUCCACUAUAUUGGCCUUCGGGGUGAUUUUACCGAAGUAAGACGUCAGGAGGUCGUCAUAACUAAUUACGAAAUUACGCCAAAUGUUGCUGACCACAAGACUGAUAUGUUGAACAAACCCAGCCACUAUGUCGAAUAA